ACACGCUGCACACAGAUCAUUAUCAGAAACUACUGCGGGAGUCCACAAGAGUCACAUCACACUUGCGCAAGUCCGAUCAAACGUGUCCAGAAACGGGAACGCCAGAUCUGUUAUAUUCCUGGAUAUUUGUCCCGCGCGGCUGAUCUGGGCCGAUGUGUCAUCUAAAGCGGGACUUUGGAUAUUAUUAAGGAUCGCAGGAGCAGAUUUGUUUUCUCCGCAGUGGGAAGGCUCGUUCCACCCCCGACUCUGAUGAUUUGAGAGGGAAGCAAUGCAGCGCUCCGACUGUGGGUCCAUAUUCCUCCUUUAACCAGCGCUCAAUCCGAAUCUGCAGUCGCGCGCUUUCUUUCUCUACGCGCAUCGACUACAAACCAAUCGAUCUUGUUGUCGGCGUUUUUGUUGCGAAAUCUCACCUGAAGCCAUUUUUACGCGUUUGCUCGAGUUUGAUGGAUUGUAAAGUGCUUGUCAUCUGGAUGUAAGUGGAUGGAUUUACUCUAACAGUUAGUAGACUUCAGCAGCAGCAGGCGCCACAGAAAUGGUUUCACCUGGGAAAAACUCUGCCUUCGUCAGAUUCAUAAGGUUCCUGAAGCAGUAGAGCCCAAAGCCAUCACAUCCCUCUCUAUCUCAAUCACCCUUUGAGAGAUCUUCAAUGGAGCAAAGAGAUCUUAACCGUUCAUCCCGGCCCAAAGGGAACGAGGAGUUCUUCUCCACUGUAACCACCAUCAACAGAGCGGACCUCAGUGAGGUCGGUCUUCUCGCCAGUCCGAUGAAGAGCCUCCCAUUACCCGGUGAGCAGCAGGACCGUCAGGAGGAUAAAGACCUCGGCCUGAGAAAGGAAGUGGACGCCACCUACAGUGCGGGAAGUGAAAGAUGGUCACAGGGAGAUGGACUGGACGAUCAGGAGUUCUCCAUCAAGGAGGCCAGUUUCUCAGAAGGCAGCCUGAAGUUGAAGAUCCAAACAACCAAGCGGGCCAAGAAGCCUCCUAAGAACCUGGAGAACUACAUUUGCCCUCCUGAGAUCCGCAUUACUAUUAAACAGCCUGGGGAGCAGAAGGCCACCAAACAUGGAAGGAGCAGCAGAAGAGGGAAGGAGGAAGAUAAAGGACCCCCCAGAAAGAGGACAUACGAGAGGCCUUAUAAACUCUUGGAUAAAACUAACAGUGCUAUGAUGGAUGUCCUUGGGGAGAGCGCAAAACCAAAGCAUGAUUCUAAAAGCAACAACAUUCACCACCUUGACUGGACAAAGCCAUUGGAUAGUGUUGGAGACAAAGCAACCCAGGAACAACACGGGACAGAUACGGAAUCAAAAAGAGAAUCCGCAUGCAGCAAGAACCCUUCAUCGGAGCCUAACGCCACGUUCUCAAAAACACAAGUUAAAAAGGUCACAGAUGGUUCUUCUGGAAGUCUCUUUUCCCCUGCCUUAUCCUCUCUAGGCGUUGAUUUGAGAGCAUCAUCACCUGAUUUAACCCUGAGUCCCCCAACUGACUCAAGCCUGUUAACACCCUCUUCUUUUAAUAAAGACAGAGGUUUGCAGGAAGUCACAGAGCAUGUGUUUGGGAACAUCAAACGUAAAUAUGGAAGGAAAGACCCAACAAGGGCAAUGGUCACCCAUAAUUUAGACCUUCAAUGGACCAAAAAGAUGGACAGAGAUACUGAAAGUCAAGAUAAUACCAAGGAAAUACAAUCAUACAACACUGAAUUUCAGACAGCGGAACCUGAGAAGUCAAGCAGUAGGACAGAAGAUGAGUGUAGGCUUGACACCCAUCAAACUGAUGAAUCUAAGAGUAGAAAGAAAAGAAAUAGAAGAGUAGCUGAAGAAAACAACAUGUUAGAUGAUGCACAAAUCACACAUCAUGUUGACAUGACUGAUAAAGCUGACCAAGGUACCACAAGACCCAAAAUGACAAAGAAAAUAGAAUUCAGUGCACCAAAACAAUUUAGUGUGAAUUUACGGGAGACAGGAGCAGACAGUACCAGUGCAAUGACUGAUGAUGUUGAAAUUUUUCAGAAUAGACAGAGGAAAAACCCAGCAGGGAGACCGAGAUCAGUGAUUGAUACUGACAAGCAAACAGAUGGGAGCAAAUCAAAGGUCAAGGACAGGUGGUCUUAUUUAAAGUCCCAGAACUCUGUGCUUCGCACAGACGCAUAUCAAUCUAUGUCAAUCGAAGAGCCACCCUCUGCCUUUCCCAUUACCCCAUCCAGCCCACUCUACACAAACACAAACAGUCUGACAGUCAUUACUCCAGUAAAGAAGAAACGUGGCCGGCCCAAAAAGCAGCCAUUGCUCACCGUGGAGACAAUUCAUGAAGGCACUGCAACAAGCCCUGUCAGCCCUAUAGCCCUAGAUUCAUCAAGCAAUUCAAAUAGAAGAAAGAAACAUGACGUGUCAAAAUUGGUGCAGUUGGCCUUAAACAGAUCCACUCCAGGUCAGCAAUUAAAAUUCAAGAAAACCGGUCAAGAAAGUGUCCUUAAAAAGAGGGCCACUAAAAGAAUGAAGUUGGUAAAGAUGCAGAGCAUUUUGAAUGAACUUUUGUCCACUUCAAGUACGGGCAAUCUUGCCCUGAAGUCCAACGUUCCGGUUUCGAAUGCCAUGUCAACCGUGGCAUCGACAAUCGAGGCCCAUUUCGGCAAGCAAAUCAACGUGAGCAAGCGAGGAACUAUUUACAUCGGCAAAAAGCGGGGAAGGAAACCCAGAGUUGAUCCUCAGGCCCAACAAAAAGAGCACAAAGCCAGUGAUAAGCACCCGUCGCCUAUUUCCAGUCCAUUCGAGAACCCUCUAGUGCCUUCAAAUACAUCGCCCGCAACCGGAAUGCCUUCUCCCAGGGUCCUGCAUUUUCUCUAUGCUCACCCUGCUGCCACAGAUACCAGCCAGCAUGACCUGAAGACAAUGCCAAAUCUUCAGCCUAUCAGUGCAUUGCCUACAAAAACACACAAGGGCUUGCUAAGUAGUAACUGGAAGCUUUCUCCCCCAAGACUAAUGGCCAACUCACCAUCUCACCUGUCAGAAGUAGCUUCUAUCAAAGAAGUCACCCUGUCUCCGGUUAGUGAGUCCCACAGUGAAGAGACAAUCCCCAGUGAUAGUGGAAUUGGAACGGACAACAACAGCACAUCCGACCAGACUGAGAAAGGUCCAGCAUCUCGCAGGAGAUACUCCUUUGACCUUUGCAGUUUUGAUGCAACGGAGGCCGCCGUCAUAGAGGCAAAGAGCAAAGCAGUGAGGGGACACUACCAGAAGGGUGCCACUGCGGUUGCUGUGGAAAAUUUAUUUGCUCAGGAGAGCCUGAAGAAACAGAAACAUCGGAGAAAGCGCAAGGCCCUCCAAGGCCGAGAUGACCUGGAGUUUAUAGCCGAUCUUGAGGAGCUGGUCAGCAAGUUUCAGGCCUUCAGGAUUUCCCACCGCAGUUUCAAAUUCUACCACGAGAAUUCAUAUCCCAGCAUCUUCCGUCUCAACUUCGACCACUACUGUCCCAUGCCCUACUAUCCCUAUGACCCCGUGCACUAUCUUCGUAGGAGCUCUGAAAAGUCGAAGAGGAGGCGUGGCAGGCCUGCCAAAUCAAAUGAGCCAAUAUCUAAGAUGCCUUUUAUUCAAGGGUUCGGCUGCCCUGUGCCCGGCGGCAAUUACUAUGCACCCUACGCGAUGCCUUACACGUCCAUGCCUCUCGCCACAAGUAUGAUCAACAUGGGCUAUUACGGACAGUACCCUUCGCCGUUGUACUUAUCUCAUGCACUUGGACCUUCAGGCUCCCCUCUCAUGAGGCCACCAGUCCCUCCACCAAAGUUUCACCCCGGCGCGUCAUCUGGUCUUGUCCCUUCUAGCCGGCAUAGAGCGAAGAGUAUGCCACAUGAAAUGCCUCCAUCUAGAAUGGCUGACUCCUAUCACUCUUCGAACAGCUGCUUGUCCAGCGUCUAUCUCCACAAACGCAAACACAAGUACAAGCACAAACAUAAGGAAGAUCAGUGCAUCCCACAGAGGGAGGACCUCGGUGGACUCUUUAGCGGAACCCAGAGCCCUGCAUUCCUCAGCCUAUUAAAUGACAGACUGGAAAAGAACUCUCUGUUUAAACUAAAGGACAAGCAAAGAGGCAAGCAAAGCGCUGACGCUUCGCCGAAAGCUUCCAGGAACUACUUUGAAGUAGACACUCUGUCGUCAUUAUCAUUAUCAGACUCUCAGCAUUGUAAACGAAUUCGAGGAGAGACUCUCGACAACUUCCUGAACAUCUGCACUAGACAACCACACGAGCGCCUCCGUGCCAGCCAGGACCAGGCACUGGACUCGUUCAAGGGGCAGCACUUAGGGGACAAUGAUUCCAGCAUCCACGGCAGGAGGCGUAGCUUGGAGGACUUUGCGUCGUACAAAGAGGGAAACGUGGUGUCCUUUCAAGGAAGUAGAGAAGACCGGGCGGAGCAGAUGUACCAGUGCUCAGACAUGGCUGUAGCAGAUUCCUACAAGAGGAGGCACAACCAUCCGGAAGAGCAGUGCGACGUACAGAAAAUGUGCAAUCACUCCCAGAUCCUCACUACCAAGAAGAACCUGGAUCACGUCAACAAGAUUCUGAAGGUCAAGAGGCUUCAGAGGCAAGCCAAGACGGGGAAUAACAUGGUAAAGAGACGCAGAGGGAGACCCAGGAAGCAGCCGCUUUCUCUCGAGGAUGGAUUGAUGGCUCAGAUGCCAGUUCUGGAAAAGUGCGUGGACCUUCCAGGCAAGAGGAACCUCCACGGUGGGAUGGUGCCCGCUCAGCUCGAGUUCUCCAAUCACGACUCCAUUACAGACGCCAUUGAGUCAGUGGUGCACAUGGCCAGAUCUCAACCCAACCCACAGUCCACGCAGGGAGGCAAGUACUGGCACAAAGUUCAGCCAGAGCUUAAGGUAGAGCGUCGGCGAGGCAGAGGGAACAGACGGGAUGAAGGUUAUAACGCUGCACUGUGAGUUAGUGCUUGGGUCUUUGUUUCUUUGUUGGUCUCAAUUCUACUGACGUAUUUUAAUGGGCAUUCGCUGAGCACGAUCGCGCUCUGUUUUCAGAAACAAACUUUAUCUCUCUCAAGGAGGCAAAUUAAUCUUGUUUGUUCCAAAGCCCGAAACCAGGAGGAUUUUAAAACGGUGGCUUUAGCCGUAAUCUACCAGCACAUGUAAAUGAACUUAAAUUACGGUACUGUGCACUUUUUUCUUUGUGUUUCUGUUUUGUUUUGUUUUGCUCAAGCACAAGCACAGAUCUUCUGGCUGAGGUUGAUUUUGAACACCAGGUCAAUCGCUAACACACAUUCACUUGCCUGUGCUCAGGUGUGUUUCAGGCAGGAACUAAUGGCAAUACUUUUGAAUGAACCCCAUUUCGAUGGCUAGCUUCACUGUACAUAGCAACAUACUCUACUAACUUUUCUAAGUAUUUUAGAUCUACCUACAGUAUACUGUCAGCAUAUCAAGUCGAAAAUCAUAUAAUGUUUUUGUUUUAACCAAAUAGAUGCGACAUAAGCGAGCUUGUGUCGAAACGCAUUUAGUAAAGUAAUCCAAACAAAGUGGAUUCACUGCAUAUUGUUAUUUUCGAAACAAGACAGAAUAUAUCAAUAUCAUCACCUGGAGAUACUGUCGUUCACAUCAGGCCGGAUGAAAAAUGCUAUGGUUGCAUUUAAAACCUAUGAAGCACUUAUUUCUUUUUUGGGAUGGGGGGUGGAUUGUCACAGUGUUGGUUUUUUCGCUCUAAAUAGCAGCGAUCAUCUGGACGAUAUUUUCCCACUCGGUUGCCGAACCGAGUGACCAGUUCGCCUUCUCCUUAUUUGAGAAUGUGCCUGCUCUUAUUAACGAAACAAUAAUAUAGUAUGUCUAUAUACCUGUCAGUAUUAGAUAUUCACAUGACCAAAGUACCAGUGUAGUCGUGUGUGAUAGGGUAGAUUGGUUUCAGUUUAGCUGCUUAUGUAUAUUACUAUUGAGUGGGUAGUAAGUGUGACGGUGUGCUUAUUUCUUUAAAGCUCUGUUGUUUGGAUUGGUUGGAAAAUAGAAUGUCCCGGAAUGUACACAGAAGACUAUUUAGGUCCGAUCAUAGGACAUCGCAAACGUUUAUAUGUGUCCUACACUGUUUUAGAAACAAACAUUGUAGAACAACUAAUACAUCAUUUACAAUCUGCAUAGAAUUUGAAUGUGGUCCUGAUUUGAAUAGCUUUCCAUUUGUUAUUGGUUUCUCGUUUUUUCAUAUAUGUGCCUUAUGUUUGUCUAUGAGUCCAUAACAUGUUCAGGUACAAGGAAAGCUAAAUGGCAAGAUGUUAGUCGAGAAUGUACAUAAAUAAUAAUAAUCUUGUACGCUGUCCUGGUUGUAAUGUGUCUGAUGUUGCAUUAUUUCAGUUUAAUCAACAUUUGAACUAUACACACAUCUACUGUAUUUACUAAACCUGAGCAAGGUAAAGAGCCGUUCACGUUAUGGAUGAUAACAAUACAAAUGGAGUUUUACUAAAUUAAUGGAAAUUUAAGAGAAUUGUGCUUAACGUUUAGAGGAACUUUAUUGUUGGGAUCACUUCCAGACUAAUUGUUCUAGCUUACGAACAAUAAAACAUACUUGGGGGACCUGUGAAAUUCUCUUUUUCCGUUUCAUUUUUUUCUGUGUUUUGCGUUUUUUUAUUGUACAACAAUAAUAUAUUAGCCCACAUCUAAAAUCUGUAUACUUUAGUAUUAACUCAAAUUUUACAUUUCGACCCUAACAGAAAAAAAUUCUCAAAACGUGCCAUAAUAUACAACUAUGUUAAUAUAAAUCAGUUUCUUACAAGCAUGUGAUUUAACGGUCUACUGUUACUAUUAUUGUAAUAUUUUUAGUGCUUUAUCUAGUAAAUUGUAGUUAAUGCACUAAGUAAGUACGUUAUAUAUAUGUGUGUCAUAAUUAGUUCUUUAGAAUUAACGCAUUGUUGCUGUUAUCCUCUAUUGAUAUGGGCGCUAAUAUAUUGUUUAUAGUUAUCGUCCAAAGUGUGAACGGCCCUUUACAAUUUUGUGAUCAGAAAGCACAUUUAACUACACAUCUAAAUAGUCUAAAAACAAUACAUGUCUGUAAAGAAACCCACACCCAAUGUUUUUAAAAUGAACAUACGCUUAUUGUACUAUGCAUCAGGUUGUCGCUGUGAAUCCACGGACACGUAACUUUUUUGCAUCGACUCUUUUUUAAGCUUUCCGUUUUGUUUAACCAGUUUAAACUAUGAAGUGGUCUUACUGAAAUUUUCAUUCUGAAAAGUUACAAUGACCAAUAGUUUGUGCUAACCCUGACUAUCACUUCUUUUGCAAUUCUAACUAUUGCCUAGGGGAGAGACUGACCUCUGAGCAGUGCCGCCUUAAAUGUUAAUUUCAACAAAAAAUGUCCCCUGUAAAUAGUCGACCGUCUCUAGAUCGCAUAUAGCUGCAUGGAUUAUGGCUACGAAUCGUGCCGAUGCUGUAUGUUUCAUUCAGUUGUCCAAAGCGGGACACACAGUGGCUUAAAUCGUAUUCUGUCCAUGUGACAACUUGCAUUAAAAGAAAUAAUAGAUGCUGGCAGCUAUUUGCCUCUGGCGUAGACUUUUUGCUUAAUGCAUUCGAUUGGACUGGUUUUAGGAAACCAUCUUGAAAUGUUGCCAAAAAUAUCGACCAUUUGUCCGUGCUUUAAGCACUAAUGGACAAAAUCUAUGUUUUAAACGAAAUGUACACCGUAGCAGUUUUCUGAAACGCGACUCUAGAUGAUACAGUAAACAAAUGGCAGCUUGGCUUCCGUGGUCUAAAAAAUGCCAGAUAUAUUUUCUCCACCAGCUGAUAAGUGGUGCCUUGUGAAGUUAAGGUGUAUUUUUUUAUGUUCUAAAACAACGAUUGCAAUUUCAUUACAUGCUGUAUGUGUCCAGUAUUACCAAGGUCAUUGAGAGAAUGUCAUCUACACAAGUGUUGUCACGAGUAUCAUAUUUUUCUUUGUAUGGUUAAUGAUGAAGUUAUAAUACAAGUGAAGUGUUAAUCAAAAAGUAAUAUUCCUAAUAAGGACACAACACGCUCUUAUAGCUCUGAAUUUUUUUGAAAAAUCAUGCAUAUGGUGUUUUUGAUAAUUUGAUUUCUGCAUGCCCUAUUUGAUUGUAUGCAUACCAAUUUUGAAGAAGUAUUACAUUUCGAUUUGGAUAAGAUCUUAUACAUUGUUUGAUAUGUUUUUUUGUAAUGGAUUUUAAAUUCAUAAAGCAUUUUUGUACAUUGUAUGGAUAUUAAAAACAGCAAAUAAUGGACUUAUAUACAAAAGAAUAAAUACUGAUGUACACAAACAUAUGCAUUGUACAUAGAAUGUAUGUAUACACAUUGGUGUGUAGUGUAACGGUGUAUACAGACAUGUUUAUAGUACUACACUGUACAUAUGUACAUACAUGUAAGCUUGCAUGUGUUUGGUCACGUUUGCCGUUCAUGAUCUUGUAGUUUUAUUUUUUUAUUUCUCUUUCUUACUGUAAAGCUUGCGUUGCGAACCGGCUCCGGUGGGGGGCAACAAGUGCUUAAAAUACAGUUGAUCUUGUUUAUGUCAUUCAUUGUGCAAAAAAUAAUAAAUGAAUUUAUCGAGA